AUGGUCUCUCAGUCCGGAUCCUCUGCCAACUUGGGCACGGAACGUCCCAGCAAUCACACGGGAACAGAAACUUCAACAGCUGGUGACAUUGGAGCGUCCGCAAGCGCAGGGUCUAGAACAAGCUCCUCAUCAGGUGCUAACAACGUUGCUAUAACAACUGCCACCUCAGCCACCACUGCUGUCGCCUGCUCUUCCGCCACGACUCUUAGUGGUAACGCCAGCAAUCCCAUCACGACCGUGACGAAUUCGGCCUCCGUCGCGCCUGCUACCGCCGCCAUUGUUCCUGCUUCCUCGCCGUCUGCAUCAAGCUCAGCCAAGGACGCUGGUGGCAGCGGGGGAUAA